AUGGACGACGAUUCGCAUCCAGAUCGAUUGCUCAGCGAGCCAGCGGAACAGAGAGAGAUAAGCCAGGGACCGGGCGAGGUUAAUGGGGAUGCGAUGGGCGUUAUUCCGGAUCCGAAUGCGAAGGCCGUGGAGGAGGUGGUUAAUUCUGAGAUUGGUGUUUCGACGCUGUUGAAUCGAUUGAAACAGUCGCUUGCUUCUGCGAGGGAGUUCUCAUCGUUCCUACAAAAGCGAUCGAAGUUAGAGGAGGAACAUGCUAUGGGCAUGCGCAAAUUAUGUCGAGCGACGUCAGAAGCAAUUCGCAGACCAGAUCACCGCCACGGCUCAUUCCUCCAAGCCUACGAGGAGACGAACAGUAUCCACGAGCGCAUGUCGAAAGCCGGCGAGGAGUUCGCGGUCUCAUUGCAUGCCAUGUUUGAGGAUCUAAACGAGAUGGCGGCGAAUAUCGAGAAGGGACGGAAACACUGGAAGACGACGGGGCUGGCUACGGAAGCGCGCGCCGCGGAUGCGGAGACGGCGAUGAGGAAGUCUAAGGCGAAAUACGAUGCGCUGGCGGAGGACUACGAUCGUGCGAGGACGGGGGAUGGGCAGUCGGGGAAGAAGUUUGGACUCAAAGGGCCGAAGUCUGCGCAGCAGCAUGAGGCGGAUCUGUUGAGGAAGCUGCAAGCUGCGGAUGCGGAUUAUCAGGCAAAAGUCACGGCUGCGCAGGGUCUGAGAAGUGAGUUGUUGGCGAAACAUCGACCGGAUGCUGUUAAGAGCUUGCAGGAGUUGAUCAAGGAGUGUGAUUCUGCGUUGACGCUGCAGAUGCAGAAAUAUGCGUCUGGUAGUGAGAAGCUUCUUCUGAGUAAUGGUCUUACACUUAGUCCUCUCAAUGGAGAGCAGAAGAAGGGGAGAAGCUUGCGUGAGGUUAUACAUUCGAUUGAUAAUGAGAAGGAUCUGAGCAAUUACCUUGGCAGCUUUGCUAAUAAGGUUGGACGUCAGAAUAUGGAGAUUAAAUAUGAGAGACAUCCAGUGCUGAAUCCUUCUGGUCAGAGUGCACCAGCUCCACCACGUCAAGGCGAUCCCUCGACGUUCGGCUCUCGGCAGGGGCCUCCUCCCUCAUCGUUCCCAAUAGCGUCGCAACCUGCAGCACCUGCACAUCAAAGUCACGCCAGUCAACCCUUCAAUCAGUCUCCAGCAACUGGUCCGCAACAACACGAGAGGAGCUUCAGCCAAGGACCUUCUCAGUAUGGCUCAAUGGGAGGUCCACCACGGGGCCAAGGCGGGCCCUCCUCCAAUUACAACACGGGUUCGAUCAGUUCUGCCGGCCCACCCCAGCUUUCAACUCUGCCUUUUCAGACACCGUCAAGUGAUUCACCUAGCUCUUACCAACCACCGUCACAACAACCAGUCUUCGCACAACCGCCGCAUCAGAAUUAUCCUUCGCAACCACUGAUGGGUAAUCAAGUGUCUUAUAAUCAGUCACCGAUCUCGGCUGGUGGGGGAAAUUCGUCUGGCGCUCAUCUACCUCCGGUGAGGCCAGUCUUCGGCCUCACCUUGGAGCAAUUAUUUGAUAGAGAUCAGUCAGCGGUACCGUUGGUGGUAUAUCAAUGCAUACAAGCUGUCGAUCUAUUCGGGUUGGACGUUGAGGGGAUCUAUCGACUUUCUGGAACGGCGUCUCAUAUCUCGAAGAUCAAAGCUAUGUUUGAUAAUGAUGCAUCAAGUGUGGAUUUCCGCAACCCUGAAAACUUCUAUCACGAUGUCAACUCCGUAGCUGGACUUCUUAAACAAUUCUUUCGCGAUCUCCCAGAUCCACUAUUAACCGUUGAGCACUACGCCGGAUUCAUCGAAGCUGCUAAAAACGACGACGACAUAGUCCGCCGCGACUCCCUCCACGCCAUCAUCAACAGCCUCCCGGACCCCAACUACGCCACCCUCCGCGCUCUUACCCUUCAUCUCAACCGUGUAUGCGAGCACUCGAAUGCUAAUAGGAUGAAUGCUAGUAACAUCGCGAUUGUCUUCGGACCGACCCUGAUGGGUGCCAGUUCUGGACCGAAUAUUCAGGAUGCGGGGUGGCAGGUCAGGGUCGUGGAUACGAUUUUGCAGAAUUGUUAUCAGAUUUUUGAUGAUGAUGAUUAG